AUGGAAUCGAUGUUGAAGGCGUUGAAGCCAUUCAUCAAACUGUUUCAAUUCAUUGGGCUGAGUCCGUUUGUCGUCACGGAGCACGGAGAUCUCAUGGAAGCUUCAGUUACGACAAUUUAUUCAAUUGUCUCGAUAAGUGUCUUUUUGGCUUCGUUCAUUUACGGAUUUUUCCAAGAAGAUUUGUUCUCGAUUCCGAACGAUCAGCCCAUGAAUGAAAUCGCUCAUACCGUGGAUUUUAUCCAACUCACCGGGAUUCGUUUCACGCAUUUGAUAAUUUUGUUCGAAGGACUCGUGCGACGACGCCGCCUCAUGCAACUGCUAUGCAAACUAAGCGAUUGGGACUUAAUUGUGCAGAAAUACUACAACAAUUUGCACAUUUCGCACGAGACAAUUCGCCGGAAAAUUCUCCUCAAGCUACUGGCGAGCGGCACCUUCUACGGCGGCAUCCAACUCAUUCUCCUGCUGAUUAUUUUGUUGCGUCAGCAGUACGAGUUCACGUAUUAUUGGUCGUUGUAUCUCGUCUCGUUCAUCGUCUGUAGCUUGCGCUACGUGCAAAUUUACAUUCUCAUAUCGCUGCUCAAGGAUCGCUUUCACUUGAUUAACAAGAAAAUCGAAAAACUCAAUUUGAAUGAAGGCACAGCAAGUAGCGGGAACGUAUUGAUGACGAAAAAUGCAACAAUAAUUAACGACGAGUUAUCGGCGGUGCAGCAAUUAAUCAUUUUGCGACAACUUUAUGAUAAAUUGUGGGAAUUGACGAGUCUCACGAACAAAUGUUUCGGAUUAAGUUUGCUUGUCAACAUCGGGAAUGAUUUUAUUGCCAUAACCGGGCAUUGCUACUGGAUUUUUUUGACGAUGGAAAAUCCGCCCGUUGGAGUUAAUGAUAUCCUCGCAGUGAUUGGAUCGACAAUUUGGACAAUUCCGUCGUUGGUUAACUCGUUUAUGAUGGCGUCGAUUUGUCAUGUUACCAUGGAGGAAGCAAACGAAGCUGGAUCCUUACUCCAUCAAAUCAAGCACGAUUGUCUCAAUGAAAGCCAAAAUAUGGUCGUUCAACAAUUUUCCCUUCAACUCCUUCAUCAAAAAGUCAAAUUCACUGCUUAUGGAUUUUUCAACAUUGAUUUUUCACUACUUUUUACCAUGAUUUCAGCGACAACAACUUACCUGGUAAUCAUUAUUCAAAUGCACAACAGUGCUUGAACGAAGGUAAACGAGGUAAUAUCAGGAUGAAAUGUGCAUUUUUUUACAACUGACC